AUGCAGGCAUCAGACUUUCCUUUUGAAAUUAUCUCAAAAAUCGCAAAUCUCUUAUUAAAAGACGAUAAGAUUUCCUGUAUUCUCACUUGCAAGGCAUGGCGAUAUCCGUUUCAAGAAUCACUUUGGGAGAAUAUUGAAGUCAAUUCUAUGGAUACACUUGAGAAAAUAUGUGCUAUUGUUGAGAGUCCAACGGGGGAUUUCAUAGAACAUGAUCUUAUAACUCAAAGUCUACGUGUUACUGGAAAGACAACCUUGGGUGACUGGAACCAGACCCGCUUUUUCAAAAACUUUCCAAACUUAAAGCAUCUCGAUAUUGGGCCCUUGACUUAUUCCGAAAGCCAGAUAGAGAAUACAGAAUAUGGUCCUCAAUGGAAUUCAGUGAAUAGUUUAAAACUUCAAAUUGAUCAAAACCCUGGGGAAAUAACAACUGGAUUUGUCUGUAAGGUCUUGCAAAAAAUUCCCAACCUCAAAUCAAUAGAUAUCUCUCCUGAUAUAUUCACUAGUUCGGUCACGUUUGGUUUGGAGCAAUAUAAUACCCUGCACACUGUAUUGCCAAGGCUGACACAUAUUAAGGCUCAAUUAUACCUCAACCGCAUGCGCCGAAAUGAAAUACCAUUGAUUCCAUUAACUUUGCCAGCGCUCUGUGUAACAAGUCUUUCUCUAGACCUCAGACAUUGGGAUCACCUGUGGCUGUACUACUUUUGCUACAAGUAUCCAAACAUACAGAAUUUGAUAUGGAGAAGCGUAUACAGAUUUGGAAAUUCAGCUCGUCGAGCAUAUAAUGAAGCUAGAAUAGAACUACUCCGUUCGAUUAAAAAAGUGUUCCCGUACUUGGAAACUGUGGAUUUUUACACUGAGGAACCAACAGAAUGGUCACAUUCUAUAUUCUGGAAUCUCCUUUGUCUGUCAGAUGUGCCCAUAAAAAAAAUAAAGUACAAGAUCAAAUCCAGUGACUCUGAUGCAGCCUAUUUUGGUAUGACCAUUCAACGGUUUACCCAAUCCUUUUCAACAACACUGGAGAAAAUUUCUAUUGCCGGGAAUAUAUAUUUUGACAUUGAAAACUUUGUAAAGCUAGAAUUUAUCUACUGUCCACAUUUGGUGAGCGUUGAGAUCAGUGAUUGUGGCGUAUCUAUUGCAUUGGAUAAUCUACUGAAUAAUUGGCCGGUCCUAAGACGACUCAAGUUUUCCAAUGUACACCUGUAUAUUGAUCCAGAAGCUCAAAAAGAGGAAACACAACACGGUCUUCAUUUUUUGGUGCUCGAUAAUAUUGUUGCAAGUAUCUCUGUCUUCAAAUACAUGUCUUUUAGAUGCAGAAUUUUACAAUAUAUGAACUUGAGCCAGUCGCAGAUUUUUGGACCGAUUUCGAACGAGACCGGAAGCCUGUGCAUUGACAUGACUGACACAAAAUUCGAGUUACUACAGCUCGACCACGUUAAAUUCUACUCGUCCGAAGAAGACAUGAACAAUAAUAUUUCUAUCAACUUGACAUUGAUUUCCCACUUAGCUGGUCAUCAAACGCUAGCUGAAGCAAAAGAAGAAUUCGAUGAAAAUGAAAAUCAGAAAUCUCACUUGGAGUAUCUGUCUUGGUACCAUCUCUACUGUGAAUUGGACUGCCCAUUCGAUCAUGUCACAAAAAUCAGACAACUUUCAGAACAAGAAGUGUGUGUUGCUAUUAAGUAUUUUGAAGCUUUUCAGCUUAAAGAUAGGAUGGAUACUUUUGAAGUUGAGAGGUCUUUCAAUGGACAGGUUGAUAAAGAAGAUUGGAAGGAAGAUCUUUGUAGAGGUUAUGCAGAAUUUAGAUGCGGGCACAUAGCUAAAUAUAAUGUGCCUUUGUUUUGGAUUAAUGAAAAUAGUUUUUGGCAAAAUUCAUUUGACAGCUCCUGGUGA